AUGGACCGCACCGUGGUGCUCAUCACCGGCUGUUCCUCCGGCAUCGGCCUGCACCUGGCCCUGCGUCUGGCAUCUGACCCAUCUCAGAGCUUCAAAGUGUACGCCACCCUAAGGGACUUGACGGCACAAGGCCCGCUGUUGGAGGCCGCCCAGGCCCGAGGGUGCCCCCCGGGCUCCCUGGAGACCUUGCAGCUGGAUGUGAGGGAUGCAGAUUCAAUAGCGGAUGCCCGGGCACACGUGACCGAGGGACGCGUGGAUGUGCUGGUGUGCAACGCAGGCCGGGGCCUGGUGGGGCCCCUGGAGGCACACAGGGAGGGCGCUGUGGACUCCGUGCUGGAUGUGAACCUGGCCGGCACCGUGCGGAUGAUGCAGGCCUUUCUGCCGGACAUGAAGCGGCGCCGCUCGGGUCGCAUAUUGGUGACCGGGAGCCUGGGAGGCCUGAUAGGGCUUCCCUUCAACGCUGUUUACUGCGCCAGCAAGUUUGCAAUCGAAGGCUUAUGCGAGAGUCUGGCGGUUGUGCUGCAGAGCUUCGGGGUCCACGUGAGCGUCAUCGAGUGCGGCCCGGUGCGUACUGCCUUCCCCGAGAAGCUGGAGGACGGCCUGGGCGGGAUACUGGAUCGCGCGGACGCCGAGACCCGUGACCUCUUCUCCCGCUACCUGAGCCACUUCGAGCAGACGUUCCUUGAGGCGGCGCAGGACCCGGAGGAGGUGGUCGAGGUCUUCCUCCAGGCUCUGCGCGCGCCGCGCCCGGCUCUGCGCUACUUCACCACCGAGCACUUCCAUCCCCUGAUCAAGCUGCGCUUCUCCGACCCCAGCAGCAGCAGCUACGUCGCAGCCGAGCACCAAAGAGUGUUCGGCGACCAGGCCACCGAGGGCUUCGAGGGCACUGAUUGCGGCGAGGCGGAGGCGGGAGCUGGAGACCUGGGGCCGUCUGAGCUCGGCGCUCCUCUUGCCACCCCGCAAUAA